AUGCACGGCGAGGACAGCAGCCCAGGCCUCAUCUACCUAGCCACCAAAGACAUUUUCGACUACAUGGCGAACACUCCCAAUCGUCAGUUUAUCCUCCGCGGCUCCUACGUCGAAAUCUACAAGGAAAACGUCCGCGACCUGCUCAACCCCGACUCGGUGAAGCUGCGCAUCCACGAGAGCUACGACCGCGGCGUGUACGUGGACUCCAAAGAAGAAGUGCUUCGCAGCUACGACGACGUUCUCAACGUUUCCCCGGUUUCUCCCUUUCACUCCCAGCUGCUGCACCGUGGCGACAAGAACCGCCACGUGGGCGUAACGAACAUGAACCAGCAGUCUUCGCGCUCCCACACGAUCUUCAAGCUCGUCUGCGAAAGUCGCGUCCAUCCGGACUGUCUCGAAUCUCCCGACGACUCGACCGGCGUUCUGGUGGGGCAGCUCUCCCUCGUGGAUUUGGCGGGCUCGGAGAGCGUGAAGCACACGGGCGCGCAGGACGACCGGCUCUCGGAAGCGGGGAAAAUCAAUCUGAGUCUGUCGGUGCUGUCGCGUGUGAUUCAAACGCUGGCUACGCGGACCGAAAACAGCCACGUGAGCUUCCGCGACAGCAAGCUGACGCGGCUGCUACAGACCUCGCUGGACGGAAACUCGCGCACCGCGAUUAUCGCGUGCGUAACGCCGGCGUCUUCGUUUUGUGCGGAGACGAGCAGCACGCUGAAAUUCGCGCAGAGCGCGAAGAACGUGCACACAGCGGCGAAGGUGAACCAAAUGCUGGACGACAAGUCGCUGAUUCGGAAGCUGCGGCGGGAGAUCGAGGCGUUGAAGAAGCAAAUCAAGGGCGAGGAAUCGCCGACGGACGACGCGAUGGAGUUGGAGGAGAAGCGACGCACGGAGAAGGAGCUGAGCGAGGCGCAGAUGCGGUUAGAAGGACUCAGCCGCGACGUGCGCGAUAAAGAAGUCCUGCUGCAGCAGCAGAGCACGGAGAAGUCGAACGUGGAGGCGGAAUUGCGCGUUUGCGAUUCGCAUGUUCAGGAUCGGGAAGAAUUGCUUCAAGAAAAAGAGAAAAUGGGAUUGGAAAUAACGGGAUUGAAGGAGAUUUCUCAGGAAGCGUUGAUUUGUGUGGAGAAUCUGAUUGAUGAGGUGAAUAAGAGCAAGGAAAUGAAUGAGAAUUUGGAGCAAACGAUGCAGAGGAAUAACGAUGAAUUGAGUAGUUAUGUGGGUCGAAUUCGAGAGAAUUUGGUGAUGACGGAGAAAGAAUUGGAGGCGAAGCAGAAGGAAAUGAGUGAGUUGGUGGCGCAGAUGCAGGAAAUGGCGAAUUCGUUGAAUGAAAUGAGAGAAUUGCAUGAAAGGAACGUGGAAUCGUUGAAUGAAAUGAGGAAUCAGCAUGAAAUGGAUGUGGAAUCGUUGAAUGAAAUGAAGUCACAACACGAAAAAGACAUCGAUACAUUGAACGAAAUGAAAUUGCAACAUGAGAAGGAUGUUACAGAAAUCCAAGAAGCCAAAUCAUCCAUUUCUCAGCAAUCCAAUCUUCUCAAAGCGCUCCAAAUGCAGUGCAAUCUCUCAGAACAGAAGGAGAGUCAGCUCAUGCAUCAAUGGACUGCUGAAGUGCAAUCUCUUCAAUCCAAUCUUGAAUCGAAGGAGAAGGAAUAUUCUCGUCAUGUGUCAGAACUCACUUCUUCACGGAACGCUUUGAAGCAAGAGCUCGAAGAGAAGAAAGAGCAGCUUCAGAGUCGAACGCAAUACAUCCAACAAAUGAGAGUCGAAUUGCGAUCAUUGCAGGCAGUCAUCGAUUCGAACGAUUCUCAAAUCGAUGAGCUGCAGGCCUGUGUGAUUAUUGGCGAUGAUGACAUUAUUGAAUUGAAAAAAUCACUCGUGAAACUGUGGAAAGAGCGUCAAAAGCUGGAAGACGAAGCGGAUAUGAAAGAAGAAGCGUUUGUAAUGAAUUUGAAACGACGCCAGGAAGAAAGCGAGCAAUUCAAACGAGACAUCGAAGAGCGAAACACGCAAAUCACGCAAUUAACCACACAAUUAUCCAAACUCGAAGGAGAACGAGAUGGCCUUCGCAGCGAAUUAAUCGAAAAGGAACACAAACUCUCCGAAUUCCAAUCGAAAAUCGAACAAUUCGAAAAACAACACGAAACUUUUUCUUCUUUUUCUUCUUCUUCUCCAUCGAUUGGCGCUGCGAAUCUCGCGGCUGUCAUCAAUGAGGAGGACAGUUCGAACGACGAAAGCGAAUCCGAACUCGGUCAGGAGCAGGAACACAACCAGGAACACAAUCAACAGAUGGAAAUGGAUACAGAAAUGAAGCAACCGCCUGAAAACGAGCAGCCGAAUGAAACGCUUCGUCUGCAAGCCGCGUUGAAAGAGUCGGAAGACCGCGUGGCGCGAUUGCAGCAAACGAUUCAGUCGAAAUACGCGGAGUUCAAAGCGAUGAAGGAAAGCGCGAAGGAAUUCGGGCGAGUGAAACAGGAGUUAACAGAGGAAAACGACUUGUAUAAGCGGAAAUAUGCGGCGGCGAAGAAGCGAAUCGCUCACUUGGAGAAGAACAAGCUGGGCGAAGACGUGAAGGAGAAAGUUCGCCAGCUUUUGGUGACGAAAGACGAGCUGAAAGAAGAGAACGCGGGGCUCCGGAAGGAAGCCACUGAGUUGCUAGAUCGAGUGAAGACGCUGCAGAACGAAGUGUUGGAGCUGAAGAGCCAGGUGGUGGAGUCAACGCAGCGUGUGGAAGAAAAGAAUUUGCGGAUCGACGAGUUGGAAAACGAUCUGAAGGAGGCGCACGGAUCCACCACGCCUGCGUAUGGAGGCUCGAAGCGGUUUUUGGAGAGCGAGAACCUUCGGCUGAUCGUGAAGAACGAGGAGCUGCAGAAGCAAAUCAGCGAAUUGAAGCAGGCGGCGGCGAUGCAGCAGCCGGUGUCGCCGGUGAGAGGGAGAAGAGUGGUGGAGGCCAAAAGACAGUCUGUGCAGCCAGCAGUGAAAAUGCAGUCGCCUACAAAGCGGUCGAAGAUCGCUGAUUUGGAUUUGGACGAUGAAUCGCAGUGUAAUACGCAAUAGUUGUUUCUUGUACUUUAUUUUCCAUAUAUAUGCAUAUAUAAUUAUUGAUUGAUGAUAUUUUGAAA